AUGCAAACCCAUUCCGCGAAUUCAAUACAAAAAACCCACAAACCCAAUCUGCCACUUGUCAAGCCCCAUGAGAGGAACACUAGGUUUGUUGAUGCUGUUAUGACCAUUCCCAAAGGAACUCUGUUUCCCAUGUGCGGUAUGAAUCUGGCAUUCAACCGGGAACUGAUUGGACCUGCAAUGUACUUUGGACUUAUGGGCGAUGGUCAGCCUAUUGGACGUUAUGACGAUAUGUGGGCUGGCUGGUGCAUAAAGGUUAUUUGUGACCACUUGGGAUAUGGAGUGAAAACUGGACUGCCAUACAUAUGGCACAGCAAAAAAUGCUACAUUGAACUCUCCAAGCAAGUCAAGGAGAAACUUGGAACUAUUGAUCCCUAUUUCGUCAAACUUGCUGACGCCAUGGUCACUUGGGUUGAAGCUUGGGAUGAGAUUAAUAACACCGUCUCUGAAGAGACAACUUCAACCAAAGCUUCUGAGCUUGCUGCUACCAAGUGA